UUGCUCAUGUGGAUACCAUCGGGACCAUUCGGCGAAACUCCAUCUACUCAUCGUAGUUUCAUUCGCUUCGUAUUGCAAACGUUUUCCUUUUACAGGUUUCGUUUCAAUGACGAGUUCGGCAGGUUAUGUGAUAGUGCUGGACAGUCUCCCAUGGACAUCGCACCCCUCAUAGAUUACAGCCCUGUGCCAUGGGCUAUUCCUACCCAACAGGAGGUCGAGGAGAGGGUGUGCCUUGUCCGUGGGACACACACCUUCGAGGAGAACGCUGGCUACAGGCUUUGGGAUAACGACAGCAACCACGGACUUUCUAAAUAUCGCUACUCGGCCGUCGCUGUAGCCAUUCGGUUCUUGGAAUCAGUCACACCAGCGCAUCGUGCGCAAAUCAGGCAUAUCAAGCUCAUGGAAGACCGUGAGUCCGUGUCGAAUCCCGAGUGUCACGCAUUGGGUUUGGUUCCCUUCUGCCGAGAAAAUCCACUCCUACGGGUCGAGAGACACAUAAGCCUGUGGAGGAAUGUUUUUCUACACCAUACUGCGUACAAGUCGUUCUUUGAUCGGCUACGGUUCGAGACGAGUCUGGAAGCAAACGAAAUAUCGGGAGCAGUGGCCCUGUGGAUCAUGGAAGCCUUGGCUCUCGGCCCCGCUGGCAUGCCCUCCGGAUCUUUCACGUUAGUUCUGGAUGGGAAUGGGGAUACUCGAUGCUCGGAGAUCUUCCAGACGAUCGUUCUACGGGAUGCAGCGUGGCAAGAGGCGAUGGACGAGUGUUACUCGCGCGGUAUCCUUCCGCCUCAGCCAUGGGCAAAGAGGAGACAGAACCCGCGAAGUCGCGGGGACGGACCCGGCGGCGUGGCCUACGAAAAGGCUGCCAACCACAGUUACUUGUACGAGGGGUUCCCGCAGGCGAUACGAGACAUCGUCAACGGGACAUCCAUUGUCCGCUGUAACUUUGAUCCCGGCGAGUACGAGGAUGUGGAGCAGCUCAUCGAGACGAGGAAGACAUGGACUUUGGCGGAGUGGAAAGGGAAAUGGUACGAGCGCGUCACAAAGAGCUUCGAGCCUAGCCCGCCGCUACCAUCGUGGAAAGAUAUCUUGCGAGAAUUUCUCUUCUUAGAGUGAACAAUUUUGCCGCAAGGUAUCCGGUGUCGCAACUGC